GAAAUGAAGAACAAGGGAAAAUAAUAACAGUGAAUGAAAAGCAAACGAGAAUAUGAAUGAAGGUCCUUAAAGCGCCGUGUGUUCCGCUGCCCAAUGAAGGAUGGCUACUCCCAGAGACUUGAAUGACAGUGUUGUGACUGGGAACCGUUGAAGCAGGAUAAAAGUAAAACGUUCUGGAAAACACAUUGAAAAGUAAAACGUUCUCAAAAAAUACACUGAAAAGUAGAGCAUUGUCAUAAACACGUUAAGACUUGUUGAAACGGGAUCUGAGUAAAGCAUUCUCAGAUACAUAUUGAAAGUUAUUGAAACAGGAUCUGAGGAAAACGUUCUUACAGCAGAUAUAUGUUGAAAAGUGUUGAAGCAGGACCUAAACGAAACGUUCAUAGAAACACAUUGAAAACUCUUGAAACAGGAUAUAGGUAAAAUGCUCUUGAAAAUUUGACGCAAGAUCAAAGUAGAACGCUUUUACACACACACACACACACACACACACACACACACACACAUACACACACAAAAGUGGCGCCGUCCUUGGCCACGCGGGGAGCUGCGCGGAGAUCUGAACAAGGAAAAGUGUGAAGCAUUAAUCAGACUGUAUUAGUUUAGUGGCAGAAGUAAACACGAAUACACGCGGACAGUGUUAAUUUCAGUGACAUAAGAAAAAAAAGUGCUUACAUCUUAGAGUGCAUUAAGUUUACAUUGAUGUUUAGGUAUAAUAAUCACUGUGUGUGUUAAAAGUUGAGUUAAAAGGAAGUUGGACUCUGAAAAAUAAAAUAAAAAAUCUCUGUAAAAUAAAAUAAAAGUCCAUGUAAUUGCCUCUCCCGGAAGAAAUAAAAGUGAACAGAAAAGUCGCAUAUUCCAAAAAAGCAGAGGCUGUAUUCAUCAAGCAAUCAGCGACGAGGACUGCCGGACUAAACGUGGAUUGUCUUAUUAAACUGGUGAUAAAUACUUGUCUUUAGGAACUCCACGUAACCACCGGAAAAGACUUCGCGCCGCCAAGAUGCUGCCGGAGAAGCUGCUGUUCCACGUGAAGCUGCUGUUCUGCAUGGUGGUGGUGGCCACGGAGGGCAAGAAGAAGAAGAAGAACCGCAAGCAGGCCGACGAACCCGAGGUGGCGUCCAUACUGGAGGCUGGCUUCAACAUGUGUGACAUCAACCCGCCGGAGGUGAUCUACUGCUACUGCGAUGUCCUCGAUCUAGACAAGGCGGAGGAGGGCAACUGCUGGAUCUUCAACGACACCUCCGAGAACGAGUACAUCUGGGAGGGCUUCAUGUCGCAGACCAAGAUCAAGAGACUCACGCUUCACCUGCGUCCUGACGGAACCCUCAAGAACAUCCCCACCGUGGCCGUCUUGCACCUGCCCAGCAUAGAGAUGUUCGAGGUCCAGUACGCCACCUUCAAGACGGUGCGGGCGUACAGUUUCGGCAACUCCACCACGCUGGCCAAGGUCUCCCUCUCCAGGAACUCUAUCGCCACGCUGGCCCGGAACGCCUUCACGCACCUGCCGUCCCUCGAUACGCUCUCCCUCGGCGAAAACCACAUCUCGGAGAUCAACAGGCACGUGUUCGCCGACCUGCCCAAGCUGACCAAGUUGUACAUCGAUCGCAACAACAUCACCAUCGUACACGACCGAGCCUUCCAGGGCCUGCACAGUCUGGUGGAGCUGGAUCUCUUCUCCAACCAGAUACACGUGAUCACGCCGGACACUUUCAAAGGCCUGCAGUCUCUGGAGCGCCUCGACCUCCACAAGAACCGCAUCGAGGUCAUCGGCGACAAGACAUUCCGGGACCUCCAGGCGUUGCGGACCCUCGACCUGCAGGAGAACUCCCUCAAGUAUAUCGCCCCCAACGGCUUCCACGGCCUGGAACGACUGCAGCGCCUCAACCUGCAGGACAACAAGCUGCUUACUCUAGGCAGCGAGGUGUUCAAGCCAGCCCCCAGCAUCCUGCACCUGGACAUUCGCGCCAACGUGCUGGAAACUCUCACGCUGGAAACCGUGCAGCCGCUCCUCGAGAACCUCAACAACGACACCAUGCAGUUCUUCCUGGAAGGUGAGUACCCGCUGCAAUGUUUUGAUGCUCCCCACUCAUGAUUCCUGGGCCGCUUGUUAUGUUUCGAUGUGCUCGUGGCUGGCUGGGUUUCGGAAUGUUAAUAUCAGUCGCUUUUCUCUUCCUCCAUUUCUCUUU